AUUUGGGGUAAGUCCCUCUCACCAUAAAGAACGAUUGUAUUUGAAUACGUAUUCUUCAACAUUUGUCUCAUUUAAAUACGCAAAUAUAAUAUAAUGAUACUUGAUAUUGUUUAAGAAUGUAACAAGAAAUCAUGCAAAAAUUGAGUGUGGUUAAUUGCUAUGCUUCAAGCAAAUUUGAACGUCUUAUGAUUUAUUUAUAAGCGUUAUAUCAUGUAUUUAGAAUGGGAACUAUUGAGUUGUUAGAGGAUAGAAUUGCUCACUUGGAAAAACAAAUAUAUGGUCUUAUGAAGGCAAAUCAAGGCAAUGAUAUGCCACCAGAAAAUCCUAUGACUGACCAGCUUUCGAAUGUAAACACAUUAAUCUCAUCUGCACUGUCAGGACGAGAGAAAGCAAAUGCUAUGAUGAAACGGUUACCAGAGCUAAAUAGUUAUUUAGAUCCAGAGUUUGAAAGUGUAGAGAUACCUACUGAAGCUAAACUCCAAUUGUUACUAGCAAUGGCACCAGAGAUUCAAAGAAAUUAUGAAUUAUUACAACAGAUGCAGGAGUUAAUGCCUGUAUUAGAAACUGACUGUUUAAGGGAUGUGCCAGAGUUAUCGAACAAACUUAGUAAUUUAAAUUUAUCAUACCUUAAAUUGUACGAAGAAAGUCAAGGGUUAAAUAAUCAUAUAAAUGAAAUCUUUUCUAAGUACAAUGAAGUGAUAACUAGCAUUUCUGAAUCAUUAAUUGCUAUAGAUGCUACAGUAACAGCAGCUGAAAUUGCAGCUAUGCCUAAGAAACAAUUAGAUUAAGAAUGUAUUGUAUAUACACAAUAAUAGUUAACUGAUGGUUUUAAGAAUAAAAUUCUGUGGAUUUGAAAAAA